UGUGGGUCGUUGGUGAACAGUAACCAUGAAAAUAGUAUUCUAUUUUACCGUGUUUCUUAUUCCGAUUAUGGCCGAAGAGGUGCUUCAAGUAACGGCCAGGGAUUCCUAUUUGGACGCUUACAAAGAGUCUAGAGCAGAUUUAAAUAAAAGCAAUAAGGAAAUCAAAGUGAAUAGAAAAAGCGGAGUGGUAUUUCCGGUGUAUCCGGGGCCAUCCGGUUCUGGCUACGAACCUGAGGGUGUACAAUAUGGCCCACCCGCACCUCAAUAUGGCCCACCUGGGCCUCAGUAUGGGCCACCUGGACCUCAGUAUGGACCACCAGGACCUCAGUAUGGACCACCGGGACCUCAAUAUGGUCCACCACCAUCGCCGCCAUACAGUCCGCCUUCCCCGUCUUAUGGAGGAUCUUUUGCUGAACCAGCUGGAUACCCUCCAGCACCUGUUUAUGGCUCUCCCCAAAAUCUUCAAGUAUUUUACGGAGUGCCGCAUGCCAUGGUUAGCAUAUGGGACAAACUUUGGGAGAAAAUCAAAUGGAAAUUGGACCUGUUCACUUUAGGAAAAAUUCUGCUCAAAUUGGUCAUCUUUAAGAAAAUCGUCAGUUUAAUCGCAAUUUUGUGCCUUCUACUUUUUAUACCAUCAUUAAAGCACAAAAAAUUAUUCCCAAGCGGCGAUCACGAAGAAAGAAGUAGCGAAAAAGAUCCCUUAAAUGAAAUUACAUCCUUUGUGACUGGUGCUAUAGACCAUUACAAUAAUAUGAACAGGAAAGAUUUAGGGCCUACAAAGACAUACAAACAGAAAACUAGAUAAAAUAUUGAAGCAACAUGUUUAUUAUCUAUUGGAUAAAUCCAUAAGUUGCCGCCCAUUUUCCUAUGUUGUUUAUAUGUACAAACAUGACUAAAUUAUAACUAGAUGAUUUUGUAACAAUUCAAGUAGUAUCCUUAAACUUUUCUAGAGAAAUAUUAAAAACUGUAUAAAAAGAGUAUUAAUCAACCUUCUAAUAUUUUAACAAUAUCUGUCCACUGAGAGAAUAUGCGAUUUUGUUAGACAAGAUCCAAAAAUUGAUAGAAAUAACAAUUCCAAAUAAAAAUAAAAUGACAAGUGUCAUGUUUAAUAUUUCUCUCGUUGCACAGAUAUUGUGAAGGUUUUUUUAAUAGAUUAAUCAAUAUUUAUAUUCUAUUAUUUAUGGUAGCAGU